AUGGCCAGUACUGUCACAAACCUGAACUGUGACCCACGUGACUGAUGCGUCUGCGCUUAAAACAAAGCGAGGGUGUGAAGCAAACUGGUGUCGGAACUCAGGAUGUCUCUAUAUCGGAAUAGCAUCUGGUUUUUAAAGGGAAUCCAUGAAUACACAAGGAAGGGAUUCGAGAGUGCCGCUAAGCGGUUUGUGGAGAAGGACCUGGAUGUGUCCGUGGCAGGCCGGUCCUUCAUGAUAACUGGCGCUAGCAGUGGAAUCGGGAAAGCCGCUGCCAUCGCCAUCGCUAAGAGAGGCGGAGUGAUCCAUAUGGUCUGCAGGAAUAAGGACAAAGCUGAGGAAGCCAGAGGUGACAUCAUCAGGGAGACGGCCAAUAAGGAGAUUCAUGUCCAUAUCCUGGACCUGUCAGAGCCUCGAAAAGUUUGGGAAUUUGCUGAAGCCUUUAAGAAGAAAUACAAAUCUCUGAACGUGCUGAUUAAUAAUGCAGGCAGCAUGAUGAAUGAGAGAGAGGUGAACACUGAUGGGCUGGAGAAGAGCUUUGCCACCAACACUCUGGGGGUGUACAUUCUGACCAAGAGCCUGAUCCCUCUUCUGGAGAAGAGCAGUGACCCCCGGGUGAUCACGGUGUCCUCAGGCGGAAUGCUGGUUCAGAAACUCCGCACGGGAAACCUGCAGUCUGAGCGCGGCCCAUUUGAUGGCACCAAAGUCUACGCCCAGAACAAGAGGCAGCAGGUGGUGAUGACAGAGCAGUGGGCCAAAACACACGACUCCAUCCACUUCUCCGUCAUGCACCCUGGCUGGGCCGACACCCCAGCCGUGGCAGCAGCGAGGCCAGACUUCUACCGGUCGAUGCAGCACAAGCUGCGCAGUCCUGAGCAGGGUGCGGACACCGUGGUGUGGCUGGCCGUGUCUGAAGCUGCCGCCGCCAAACCCAGCGGACGCUUCUUCCAAGAUCGCAGGAUGGUCUCUGCUCACCUGCCAUUGGCCUGGACUCGCAGCCCCCAGGACCGGGAGCAGAAGUUCAUGGUGCUGCUGGAGGAGAUAGGCAAAACCUUCCAGCCGCACUGAGCCCGAGUGGCUCCACCAUGAGUGGUCAUGGUCUGGCGGCGCCACCAUUCAGGCCACGCCUGUCUCACCACUUACCGCUACAAUGCCCGAUUUACCAAAAUAACGCUUUAACUGCUGUGAAGCUUUAACUCACUUCUAAGCAGGUCCAUGUUUGGUAGUUUUAACAGGUGGAGGAGAGAGGUGUGUUCCUGCAGCUUAAAGGGCACACGUGCUGCAUGCUGCACUGCUGUACAGCAGCAGGAGUGACUCAUUACGGGGGGGGGGGGGGGGGCGC